UGAUAGCUGAAAAUGUGAAUUCUGCACGGCCUUAUGAAAAUAUUGGCCGACAAUUUGUAUUUCUUUAAAUAAAAAAAAUAUAUAAAUAAAAGUAAUAUAAUUGCUAUUAAAUAUUAAAAUGGCGCAUUUACGCGAAUCAGCCGAAAAGGCACUGAAAAUGUUGCGAAACCUACCGCGUGUUCAAAUUGGUAAUAUACGUCCAAAUCCAAACUCCAAGAAGAAUACGAAGCGUGGACGUGCUCAACACGGUGGUGAUAAACACGGCGCAGGCAACAAAGGUUCCGGGCAGCGUCAAAAUUACAUGCGUAUUGGUUAUGAAACAGGCAACAAUCCCUUCUAUCUACGUUUCCCUUACGAACCAUAUUACAAAGGCCAUCAUUUGCGUCGUCAAUACCCGCCAAUCUCGCUAUUACAGCUACAAGUUUUGUUAGACACCAAUCGUAUUGAUCCCACACAACCUAUCGACAUCACAACCCUUUGUAAUACAGGGCUACUAAAUUUACAACCUGCUAGCAUGGAAUAUGGUUUCCAAUUGACCGACGAGGGUAUAGAUCGUUUCAAAUCGAAAAUAUGUAUUGAAGUGCAACAUGCCAAAGAGUCGGUGAUAGCAGCAAUUGAAAAGAAUGGUGGUGUCAUACGCACAGCUUAUUAUGACCCCAGAAGUUUGCAGGCUAUGGUGAAUCCACAGAAGUGGUUCGAGAAGGGCGCACCUAUACCAAGACGCUUGUUGCCGCCACAAGAUGCCGUCGCAUACUAUACCUCUGCUAAAAAUCGUGGUUAUCUCGCUGAUCCUGAAGAGAUUAGCAAAGAACGUUUAGUAUUGGCACAAAAGUAUGGUUAUGAGCUACCACGCAUUGAAGCGGACCCCGACUAUGAAAUGUUGAUAAGCCAAAAGGAUGCACGUCAAAUAUUCUAUGGUUUAGAACCCGGUUGGGUAAUAGGGCUACAAGACAAAGUUAUAGUAAAAGCAAAAGAUUCGACUGAAGAGCGCGCAAAUACAACGGCGAAGGGAGAGGAAACAAGUUGAAACCAUUCGCUUGUGUGGCUUGCAACAGAAUCAACAUUUGUUAAAUGAAAUAGUGUUUUGUUAUAAUAAUAAUAAACUAAUAAAUCUUUUGAAAAUAACAAACUGAAA